AUGGUUGGCCAUUUUCACCUCGCGUACCUCUCGCCGUCUCCUAGCGCCUGCCGCACCGCUCUCUCUGGGCUGCCCAUCUCUGCGUCUCCCUUGGUGCCGGGUCGGUGUCUCUCCGGGAGGGUUCCGGCGGCGCCGGGCUGGGGCGGCUCGCGUGUUCUCCUUGGACAUCGGGGGCUCUCUCUUCUUCGCGGGGGUGAACCCGUGUACAAGCUGGUGCGGAGAUUCGUGGGCUUCGCUGAGUCGCCAUCCAUGGAGCAGAAUCAGGCGGCGGAGUCACCCGUGGCGUCUGCGGAGCGCGUCGGAGAGUCGGCGAAGAACAGUAAGGAGAGGGCAAGGCUGCUUCCCCUGGAGGAACUUAACUGGGACCACUCUUUCGUGAGGGAGCUGCCGGGAGAUCCCAGGACGGAUUCCACUCCCCGAGAGGUAAAUUUCUUCUGCCAUCAACGUUGACGAACACCACGAUUGCCGUAACUAUACCUGUUCAUCGAAAAAAGGCGACAGAAAUUCGUUUGACGGCUAUAAUCUUGGUUUGAUCGCCUGGUAUCUGUCCUUUACGCAGUCUUUGUAGGAAAGUAAGAGUGGCUCUGAAUCUCGAUCACUGAUACCAGGGAGCUCUCGGCGCCCGUGACUAAAAUCUCCGGUCACCCCCUUUCAUGAAACAUUUUCACAGAAGCGGAAAUUCCUUGAGCUACUUUGCAUCUAUUAUCUGCAGGAGUUCAUAUGGCGUGUUGACACGAACCUGGGGGAGCUGACGCAUCUCCAUCUGUUAAAGAAGAAGUUGCUUGUCUUCCAGUCUUCGUUUUUUAUUGAACUGUCGAACUGUUGGCUAUUCAGCAAAACCAUGGAAUUGACCGGACGACUGUGCGCAUUGGCAUGCCCACAGUUUCAGUCUUGGAGAAGUUUGGAUACGAAGAACUCUGACCAAGACGGUGCCUUCUUGCAAAAUAGCCCCCCUUUAAUGUUUAACCUCGGGAAAAAACACUUCUUAAAAUGAUUUCCAUGCCAUUUUUGGAAGCAUAAUUUUUUUUCUGUUGACUGAAACACUGUAGAUCAUGUUUAGAGUCAGAAUGGAGCUUCAUUGAGGGGAAAAAACCAAAUGACAACUACUACUACCUGAUCUGAUUGGAUACCAAAUUUAUAGUUUUUUUUUUCAAGACCAAAUACAGCGUUUUUGUUCAGGGCUUUAUAUAAUAUUAUCAAUCAAUUCGGAAAUUACAUGGAGAAUCCUCUCCUCGACUUUGGGUUGCAGGUUGUAGGUGCUUGCUACUCAAAAAUAUCUCCUUCUGCUAAAGUGGGGAAGCCUGAGCUUGUUGCCUGGUCCGAGUCGGUUGCUGAAUUGCUGGAGUUGGAUCCUGCAGAGUGAGUCAUCCUGCUAUUUUGGACAGUUGUGGUUUUCAGCAUGCCUGACGUCCCUUCUCAUUGACAGAUAUGGCUUCUUUAACGCACGUCUCAUUUGGCAAAAAACUAAGAACAUCUCCCGUCGGUCUUGUCUUUGCCAUGCAAAUUAUCAAGUGUCUACAAGGUUUUAUGCAGGACGCUGUGACCAUUCAGGAGAUAAAUCAAGCGUUAAAGGGGAUGUUGCUCUGUGAUUGGGAUCUCAUGAGCUCGUUCAGAAAGUGAUCUGCUUUAUCUAUAGUGGCGUUCAUGGGAAGGACAAUAAGUCUGAGAGGACUGUGCCGGUUCUAGGGGCGUUCGUGGGCUCCCGGCAGGAUUUUUCUACCUGCGGUUUCAUAGUCUCAUUUGCUGUAUGACGAAGCUUUCAAGAACAACUGAUCCACGGCUUGCCAUUGAGCAUCCACAUCUUGGGGCUCGCUCGACUGCCAUCGUCCUAUCUAAAUACCUAUUUCCUCCUAUCUAAAUAAAGUUGGAGGCUUUUCUGGGGAACUCUGAUUUUUCGAUGCGCAAUUUUGUUGAUUCCACUGUGAUGCGUUUGCUGCUUUCUCAUAAAGAAAAUGCCAUGUGCAAGUGUUCAUCUUGGGCGACCGCCUUGUACUUAUUUUCGAGCCCUCUGUUAUUUCAGAUUCCAGAGGCCGGAUUUCCCUGCGAUAUUCUCCGGCGCUUCACCUCUGGCUGGAGGGUAAGUGUAAGCUUUCUUCUUCCUUGCGAUGGCUGCUCAGUGGUCUGUUCAGGCGUUUGCUCGAAUUCAUCAUCGACUCAAGCGUGUUGGCUUACACAGGUUGCCAUACGCCCAGUGCUAUGGAGGGCAUCAGUUCGGUGUGUGGGCCGGCCAGCUUGGGGAUGGCCGUGCAAUCACCAUUGGAGAACUGGUGAAUUCUCGUGGCGGGAGAUGGGAACUGCAGCUCAAGGGCGCCGGGAAGACUCCCUACAGCCGAUUUGCAGAUGGCCUCGCAGUCCUGCGCAGCAGCGUUCGUGAGUUCCUCGCCAGCGAAGCCAUGCAUGGGUUGGGGAUUCCCACGACCCGGGCUCUCAGCCUCGUCACCACGGGCGAACUUGUCUACCGGGACAUGUUCUACGAGUACGUCCCUCCUCUUCGUUGUGUUACCGGGAGUUUCAUACAUUUUCCAUCAUUAGAUGAAUGCAAUUUUUCUUGCUGCUGUUUGGUUCUGAAUCCAUGGAAAAUGUGGAAGCUCUCACAUCAACUCACCGUUCAAGUUGAAUUGCAGUGGCAAUCCGAAGCAGGAGCCCGGCGCGAUCGUGUGCAGGGUCUCCCCGUCCUUCCUGAGAUUUGGUUCCUUCCAGAUUCACGCGUCCAGGGGCGGAGAACACCAUGGAAUCGUCCGCCUCCUGGCCGACUACGCUAUCCGGCACCAUUUCCCCCACCUCGAGAACACCCACGAGAGCGAGGCUUCGGGCAAUAAAUAUGCAGGUGAUGAUCUCCAUCGCUGCCAUGCUUUCAGAUAUCAGGAACAUCGCCCAAUUACUCACUAACAGAGGGCGAUGAUGUCAGAAUGGGCCAUGGAGGUGGCGGAGAGGACGGCCUCCUUGGUCGCCGGCUGGCAGGGCGUCGGCUUCACCCAUGGGGUUCUGAACACCGACAAUAUGAGCUUGCUGGGUCUCACCAUCGACUACGGGCCCUUCGGCUUCCUUGACGCCUUCGAUCCGAGCUACACUCCGAACACGACGGACCUGCCGGGAAGAAGGUACUGCUUCGCCAAUCAGCCGGACGUCUGUUUGUGGAAUGUCGCCCAGUUCGCCAGUACCCUGUCAGCGGCCAAGCUGAUUACAGAGGAAGAAGCCAACCAGGCCAUGGAGAGGUGAGCCGAUCGACACUCCUGCAGGGUUUUCGGACUGCCCAGCCCCUCUGAAUCAGCUUCGUGUGGACAGGUACGGGGACAAAUUCAUGGAGGACUACAAGUCCAUAAUGACCAGGAAGCUGGGCUUGCCCCAGUAUAACAAGGAGCUCGUCAGUAAACUCCUCACCAACUUGUCUGUGGAUAAGGUCGACUACACGAAUUUCUUCCGGCGGCUGUCCAACUUGAAGGCGGCGUCGGCGGACAUGGAUGAAAAGGACCUGCUGGCUCCGCUCAAGGCUGUUCUGCUGGACAUCGGCCCAGAGCGGAAGGUGGCGUGGAUCAGCUGGGUGAAGUCUUACGUCCAGGAGGCGAGUGUGCUCGAAUUCUGCUCUUCGAUCUCCGUUUCCGUAGAUUUUCGGAGCUUGAUAUCUUCGUUCCUAUGGUGGGGUGGGUGGGGGAGUGAUUGAUCUUUGUGGGUUCUCUCUCCUGGCUGUGCAGCUGGUCUCCGGCAGCGUUCCGGACGAGCAGAGGAAGGCCGCCAUGGACGCGGUGAACCCCAAGUACGUGCUCCGGAACUACCUCUGCCAGAGCGCCAUCGACGCCGCAGAGCAAGGCGACUACGACGAGCUGCGAAGGCUGCUGAAGGUCGUGCAGCGCCCCUACGACGAGCAGCCGGGGAUGGAGAAAUACGCGCGGCUUCCACCUGCCUGGGCCUACCGGCCCGGCGUCGCCAUGCUCUCCUGCUCCUCUUGA